GGGAGGGGGACUCAGCUCAGGACAGGGAGGCCCUGCUCGCAGGUCCCGGGGUCCCGGUGGCAGCCGGAGCGCUUGGUCCGCAGGCAGCGGGCGGGUGGUCCCCCCUCCGCCCCCACCCCGCGCGUGCGCGCCCCGGCCCCUCCCUCCCUGCCACCCCCCUCGGCUCCCGCGCGGCGGCGGCGGCGGUUCCUCUCCCCCUCCCCCCAGCCCUGGCUCCGGGGGACCCCGCGAUGCCGGUCCGCACCGAGUGUCCCCCGCCGGCCGGUGCCUCGGCCGCCUCCGCGGCCUCGCUCAUCCCGCCGCCGCCCAUCAACACCCAGCAGCCCGGCGUGGCCACCAGCCUGCUCUACAGCGGCUCCAAGUUCCGCGGCCACCAGAAGAGCAAGGGGAACUCGUACGACGUAGAGGUGGUGCUGCAGCAUGUGGACACGGGGAACUCUUACCUUUGUGGGUACCUGAAGAUAAAAGGUCUUACUGAGGAGUAUCCAACCCUUACAACCUUCUUUGAAGGAGAAAUAAUCAGCAAAAAACACCCUUUCUUAACACGGAAGUGGGAUGCAGAUGAAGACGUUGAUCGGAAACACUGGGGCAAGUUUCUGGCUUUUUAUCAGUAUGCAAAAUCAUUUAAUUCAGAUGACUUUGAUUAUGAAGAGCUGAAGAAUGGGGAUUAUGUCUUCAUGAGGUGGAAGGAACAGUUCCUGGUCCCAGACCACACGAUCAAAGACAUCAGUGGUGCUUCCUUUGCUGGGUUCUAUUACAUCUGCUUCCAGAAGUCGGCAGCCUCCAUAGAGGGCUACUAUUACCAUAGGAGUUCAGAAUGGUAUCAGUCACUCAAUCUAACUCACGUUCCUGAACACAGCGCACCCAUCUAUGAAUUCCGGUGACAGCGGUUCAGAGCAGGAACCAAAUAAAACUGAACUUGGCAAAAAAGAACUUUGCCGAGAAAAUUGUGUACCUGCCAGAACCAGGAGAACAUGUGUUCCUGUGUCUUCACGAGCAGACUCACAUCAGAAAGCAUGAAUGUUAACCCACAGAAUCCAAGGAGCAUGGCCAACCAGCAGGGCAGGUGGAGGGAGUGUUCUCUGUUCUUCCUUCCUCUCUGCAGCAGUUUGGUCUUAAUCUGUUUUUAAGCUACCUUAAAUGCACUUUUCCUUCCUGCACAGCUAACUUCUGUAUCACCGAAAGGCCCAUUCCUUUCUCCAUCCCCACCUCCAACUGAGUAGGUCAGCCCUCCGAGUCACCCUCAGCCUUGGUGCUCAGUGGUCUCUACCCAGGCCCCGGCCCUCUGCACCGCCCUCCCCCACCAAACCCCCACUUGCUUAGUCUGGUAGGUCAAGAAAAAGCAGAGCCCCAGCACAUGUGUGCCCCCGCACCGAGCUCUGUGCAGGGAAUCCAGGAGCUGCAGCAGCAUCCGCCAAUGAAAUGGGAGGCAGAGGCUGCUUAACGGGGUCACCUGGCGCUGCCCAGCCCUGCAGUGUUCAUGUCAAGCUAGUCAGUGGCUGGCAGGUUCCAUGGGCCUGCCAUCAUUGGGGAUCACUAAAUUUAAGGCUUCCAGAUCCCUGGCAGGAACAGGUUCCAAUCCUGCUUUACUCAGCACGUUUGCUCCAAACUUUUGAACUUGAGGGCAAUACUAAACUUAAAAAAAAAAAAAAAAAAAAAAGAGUUUUUUUAUUACAAAAUUAUUUUUAUGGUCCCUUUAACAAGGACCCUAUGGCAAAUGCACAAUUAUUCAGAAUUACAUUUUAUCGUUUUCACAUUGAAAACAGCAAAUGUUGACUUAGUAAUUUUUAUACCUAUAUCUAUAUGUAAAUGUAUAUUUAAUCAACCAGCAGUUUAAAACUAGUCAUCCUGGUACAAAAGUUUUGCAGCAUUGCAUAAAUUCUAGUGCUAAACUUGAGAGCUGUUUUUGGGGCCAGUUUAGCAUUUGUACCUCCUCCUUUUGCUACUCAAAACAGCAGUGCUUCAAGGCGACCUUUUCCAUCAAGCAGAAGGGGCCGUCAUUCUCCUGAAACAGCAACUCUGAAAUGUUGGGGUGGGGGAGGGGUGGGAACACGAACACGCUCGAAUAACUCAAGGCGCACGUGCCAAAGUGUGUGUGU